AAAAAAGAAGUGAAAACCCCCAACUCUCUUUACCCAAGAUGUGAUGGUAAUUCCCUAGGUCACAGGUCGCAGCAUCGGUCUUCACUGUUCGCCUUUUCUCUGCCAUCGGAAGCGACCUUUUCCGAUUGCGCCACUCCCAGUAUUGGGUGAUGUUUUGGAUGUUAACAAUGAGGGAACGAUUCUCCGUGUGAACUCUUAAUCCAACAUGGCAAGAGAAACAUUUCAAAUGAGUCGUUUAGCGAAUGGCGAGGCUGAGAACAGUCUUCAUAAACAAAGUGACCAAACCCCACAUCAAGCCCUUAAUGGAAGAUGUACCAAGUUGGGCUCUGAUGGAUCCACUGCUGGGCCUUGUUGUGACGAAAAUGGUGGGGAAGUUAGCCAUGUUAUUUGUAAGAAAAAGGCUAGGCAGCAGCAGAAAGAAAUGACUUUUCAAGAUAUGUAUAACAAUCAAGGCCUCUUUGAUGAAAACGAUGAUGAAGAUAGUGACUGGGAGCCGGCACAAGAGCAUGUAGAAGUUGUCAAGUGGUUUUGCAACAAUUGUACAAUGGUCAACCUUGAUGAUGUUAUUCAUUGUGAUAUCUGUGGGGAGCAUAAAGAAUCUGGAAUCCUAAAACAUGGGUUUUUUGCAUCUCCCUUUUCACAAGAUGUAGGUCCAGCAGAAAUCGAACUAGAAAUAAAAGAAAGAAACAAAGACUUGGGCUCCCAAAUUUCAACCUCAAAUAGUUCUACAGCAAUAGGUUUUGAUGAGAGAAUGUUGCUACACUCAGAAGUUGAAAUGAAGACACAUCCACAUCCAGAAAGACCAGAUCGUCUCCAAGCUAUUGCUGCUAGCCUUGCUACAGCCGGUAUAUUUCCUGGAAAAUGUUAUCCUAUUCCUGCUAGAGAAAUUACAAAAGAAGAACUUCAGAUGGUCCAUUCCUUGGAGCAUAUUGAAACUGUUGAACUUACAGGACAGAUUCUAUACAGUUAUUUCACUCCUGACACAUAUGCCAAUCAGCAUUCAGCACACGCUGCUAGGCUUGCAGCAGGUUUGUGCGCUGAUCUAGCUAAAGAAGUUUUUUCUGGGCGUGCCAAAAAUGGUUUUGCUCUGGUUCGACCUCCUGGUCAUCAUGCUGGUGUAAGACAGGCCAUGGGGUUUUGCCUCCACAAUAAUGCGGCAGUUGCUGCAUUAGCAGCUCAGGUUGCUGGGGCUAAGAAAAUUCUUAUUGUUGAUUGGGAUGUUCACCAUGGGAAUGGCACACAGGAGAUAUUUGAACAGAACAAAUCGGUCUUGUAUAUAUCAUUGCAUAGACAUGAGGGAGGAAAGUUCUAUCCUGGUACUGGAGCUGCACAUGAGUUUGGUACCAUGGGGGCAGAAGGAUACUGUGUGAAUAUUCCAUGGAGUCGUGGGGGCGUUGGCGACAAUGAUUAUAUUUUUGCCUUUCAGCAUGUUGUGCUUCCUAUAGCUUCUGAUUUUGCUCCCGAUUUUACCAUCAUAUCAGCGGGGUUUGAUGCUGCAAGGGGUGAUCCCCUAGGAUGCUGUGAUGUUACUCCUGCAGGCUAUGCACAGAUGACACACAUGUUGAAUAUCCUUUCUGGUGGAAAGUUGCUUGUCAUUCUUGAGGGCGGCUAUAAUCUGCGUUCAAUAUCAUCUUCUGCUACUGCUGUGAUUAAGGUAUUGCUGGGCGAAAGUCCUGGGUGCAAUCCAGAAAAUUUUUUACCUUCCAAAGCUGGCGUGCAAACUGUUCUGGAAGUGCUUAAAAUUCAAAUGAACUUCUGGCCUGCUCUGGGGUCCAAAUAUUCAGAUUUGCAGUCACAAUGGGGGAUGUACUGCAUGAAAACCAAGAAGAAACAGAUUAAAAAGAGGCGACGAGCUGCCGCACCGCUAUGGUGGAAAUGGGGGCAGAAAAGUUUUUUGUAUCAUCUACUAAAUGGGCAUCUCCAUGUAAAAUCAAAGGGCUGUUGAUUGAUUUUUGUAGAUCAUAUAUGUACGCACCCCUUUCCGUGUAAUUUUGUGCACCACUAUAUACCGGCUAGUUUCUGGAUACGAUCUCUCUUGCGUGUUUAAAGUUACUGUAUGUGCACUUGCGGCUUUAGUUUGGAAACAGAUUUCCUUCUUAUUCUCUGCC